CCAACAUGGCCCCCGUCUGCAAGUGCGCAUGAGCAGCUGUCUAUGGCGAUUCUCCGGUCCGAAGAGGGAGAACGCAGUCGGGACAAAUCGGUAGCUGAAGCCGCCUUGACGGGUUCUAGAAUCAGGGAAACCAUUCAGUUCCCUAGACCUGCUGCAAACUCUGUGAUUUCUACAAGAACUUAGCAACCAGGUCUGUGAGUGGAGAUACGAAGACCUCCACAGGACUACUUCCUUGGAUGUGCCCCCUCUCAGAGAGAUGAAGGGGCAGCAGAAAACAGCUGAAACGGAAGAGGGGACAGUGCAGAUUCAGGAAGGUGCAGUGGCUACUGGGGAAGACCCAACCAGUGUAGCUAUCGCUAGUAUUCAGUCAGCUGCCACCUUCCCUGACCCCAACGUCAAGUACGUCUUCCGAACUGAGAAUGGGGGCCAGGUGAUGUACAGGGUGAUCCAGGUGUCUGAGGGGCAGCUGGAUGGCCAGACUGAGGGCACUGGUGCCAUCAGUGGCUACCCUGCCACUCAAUCUAUGACCCAGGCGGUGAUCCAGGGUGCAUUUACCAGUGAUGAUGCUGUUGACACAGAGGGCUCAGCUGCUGAGACACACUAUACUUACUUCCCCAGCACUGCAGUGGGAGAUGGGGCAGGGGGUGCCACAUCUGGGAGUACAGCUGCUGUUGUUACUACCCAGGGCUCAGAGGCCCUCCUGGGGCAGGCAACUCCUCCCAGCACUGGUCAGUUCUUUGUGAUGAUGUCACCACAAGAAGUAUUGCAGGGAGGGAGCCAGCGCUCAAUUGCCCCCAGGACCCACCCUUAUUCCCCGAAAUCAGAAGCUCCCCGGACAACUCGGGAUGAGAAACGCAGAGCUCAGCAUAAUGAAGUGGAGCGCCGCCGCCGAGACAAAAUCAACAACUGGAUUGUGCAACUGUCCAAGAUCAUCCCAGACUGCUCUAUGGAGAGCACCAAGUCUGGCCAGAGUAAAGGUGGAAUUCUGUCCAAAGCCUGUGAUUAUAUUCAGGAGCUUCGGCAGAGUAACCAUCGGUUGUCUGAAGAACUGCAAGGGCUAGAUCAACUGCAGCUAGACAAUGAUGUCCUUCGACAGCAGGUGGAAGAUCUUAAAAACAAGAAUCUGCUGCUCCGAGCUCAGUUGCGGCACCAUGGAUUAGAGGUUGUCAUCAAGAAUGACAGCAACUAAUGGGGACUUCGGGGCUUUGGGCCUUGAGAACUGCAGAUAGCCCAGGAACAACAGCACCCCUUUCCUUCAUUGUCUGCCUCUGGCAUAGGACUGGGGAAGUCAGAAGGCAUGUGUUUGAACAAAGGCAGCCUGCAGUGGUGUGACACAGUGUGGACAUGCACCUCCAGCCUUGCCCAUGCCACCAUGCAGUCCCUGGGCUCUGUGUUCCUCCUGCACAACACAAAGGCUUGUCUGCACAGGCUUUUUUCCAUGAUGGAUACCGGACACACUAAAGUGGGGGCCUGCCUUGUGCUUGUGUAGCGUGCCCAGCAGAGAGGUCUGUUGACAGGUGAUAUUCUGGCUUGCCCCAGGACUCUGGCGCUUCCAUUGAUUCUUCCUUUUGCUGGGGUUUGAGGUUCAGAUUGCAACCGAGGGCUCUGGGGAGCAGACUUAAUCAAGAAAUGGGGGAAGGAUGCUUAACAGUGGCUGCUGUCCUGUGAAGAGGAAUUGGGCUAGCAAACAGCUGAGACCUAUGCAGAAGUCUGACUCCAGGUUGAACAGGCAGGGGCCCAGUUGGGGCCUUCCCCAAUGGGGUGGCUCUUUUUUCUUUCUUCCCUUUUUUUUUUUUUUUUUUUUUAAAUAAAAUUGUUCCAAGCCA